AUGGAUGACCUUCUGAUAUCCAUUGUUCCUCCAUUCAUUUGCUCAAACUCACCAAAUAGACGACCCUCUCUAUUUGAUAUCCUGAUAUCCCUGUUCCUCCAUUCAUUUGCUCAAACUCACCAAAUAGACGACCCUCUGAUAUCCCUGUUCCUCCAUUCAUUUGCUCAAACUCACCAAAUAGGACGACCCUCUGAUAUCCACUACGACCCUGAUCAUCCACUGUUCCUCCAUUCAUUUGCUCAAACUCACCAAAUAGACGACCCUCUGAUAUCCACUGUUUCCUCCAUUCAUUUUUCAAACUCACCAAAUAGACGACCCUCCCCUGAUAUCCACUGUUCCUCCAUUCAUUUGCUCAAAACUAGACACCUGAUAUCCAGACGCUCAAACCCGGUCUUGAUAUCCACUGUUCCUCCAUUCAUUUGCUCAAAACCAAAUAGACGACCCUCUGAUAUCCUGGGGUCAAACUCGGACGACCCUCUGAUAUCCACUGUUUCCUCCAUUCAUUUGUCAAACACCAAACGACCUCCUCUGAUAUCCACUGUUCCUCCAUUCAUUUGCUCAAACACACCAGCAGACGACCCUCUGAUAUCCACUGUUCCUCCAUUCAUUUGCUCAACUCACCAAAUAGACGACCUCAUCCACUGUUUCCUCCAUUCAUUUGCUCAAACUCACCAAGUAGACGACCUUCUGAUAUCCACUACGACCCCUCUGAUAUCCUUGUUCCUCCAUUCAUUUGUUCCUCCAUGGACAUUUGUUCCUCAAACUCAAACUCACCAAAUAGACGACCCUCUGAUAUCCCUUGAUUCCUUGUUCCAUUCAUUUGCUCAAACUCACCAAAUAGACGACCCUCUGAUAUCCACUGUUCCUCCAUUCAUUUGCUCAAACUCACCAAGUGGACGACCUUCUGAUAUCCACUGUUCCUCCAUUCAUUUGCUCAAACUCACCAAUAGACGACCUCUGAUAUCCUUGUUCCUCCAUUCAUUUGCUCAAACUCACCCAAGUAGACGACCCUCUGAUAUCCACUGUUCCUCCAUUCAUUUGCUCAAACUCACCAAAGACGACCCUCUGAUAUCCACUGUUCCUCCAUUCAUUUGCUCAAACUCACCAAAUAGACGACCUUCUGAUAUCCACUACGACCCUCUGAUAUCCUUCGUUCCUCCAUUCAUUUGCUCAAACUCACCAAGUAGACGACCCUCUGAUAUCCACUGUUCCUCCAUUCAUUUUGCUCAAACUCACCAAAUAGAGACGACCUCAUUUGACAUCCGACCCUCUGAUAUCCACUGUUCCUCCAUUCAUUUGCUCAACCACCAAGUAGGGUCCCUCCAGUAUCCACUGUUCCUCCAUUCAUUUUGCUCAAAUCAACCAAACGACCCUCUGAUAUGCACUGUUCCUCCAAUUUUGCUCAAACUCACCAAAGGACGACCUUUUGAUAUCCCUGUUCCUCCAUUCAUUUGCUCCAAACUCACCGUGGAGCGACCCUCUGAUAUCCACUGUUCCUCCACUCAUUUGCUCCAAACUCGCAGACGACCUUCUGAUAUCCACUGUUCCUCCAUUCAUUUUGCUCAAACUCACCAUGAACCAUCCUUCGAAACUCCCUUGUUCCUCCAUCAUUCAUUUGCUCAAACUCACAAAGUAGACGACCCCCUGAUAUCCUGUUUUCCUCCAUUCAUUUGCUCCAAACUCACCAAAUUCACCAAUCAUUCCAUUUGUCAAACUCACCAAAUGAUAUCCACUGUUCCUCUAUUCAUUUGCUCAAACUCACCAAACGACCCUUCUGAUAUCCACUGUUUCCUCCCAUUCAAAUUUGACGACCUCUCUGAUAUCCAACUCCAUUCAUUUCAAACUCACCAAAUAGACGACCCUCUGAUAUCCUUGUUCCUCCAUUCAUUUUCAAACUCACCAAAUAGACGACCCUCUGAUAUCCACUGUUCCUCCAUUCAUUUUGCUCAAACUCACCAAGUGGACGACCUUUUGAUAUCCCUGUUCCUCCAUUCAUUUUGCUCCAAACUCACCUCCUCCAUCUUAUUUCGUCUUCAACUCACCUCAACAGAUGACCCCUCUGAUAUCCACUCGUUCCCUCCAUUCAUUGCUCAAACACUCCAAACGAACUUUCUUGAUAUCCACACCUCGGUUCCUCCAUAUUCAUUUGCUCAAACUCACCAAGUAGACGCAUCUUCUGAUAUCCACUGCUCCUCCAUUCAUUUGCUCAAAUCACCAAAUAGACGACCUUCUGAUAUCCACUUUUCUCCAUUCAUUUGCUCAAACUCACCAAAUAGACGACCCUCUGAUAUCCACUGUUCCUCCCAUUUGCUCAAACUCACCCAAAUAGACGACCUUCUUGAUAUCCACCUCCAUUCAUUUGCUCAAAACCAAGUAGACGUCCCUCUGAUAUCCACUGUUCCUCCAUUCAUUUGCUCAAACUCACCAAAUAGACGACCCUCUGAUAUCCACUUGGACGACCCUCUGAUAUCCACUGUUCCUCCAUUCAUUUGCUCAAACUCUCACCAAAUAGACGACCCUCUGAUAUCCACUGUUCCUCCAUUCAUUUGCUCAAACUCACCAAAUAGACGACCUCUGAUAUCCACUGUUCCUCCAUUCAUUUGCUCAAACACACCAAGUAGACGACCCUCUGAUAUCCCACUGUUCCUCCAUUCAUUUGCUCAAACUCACCAAGUAGACGACCCUCUGAUAUCCUGUUCCUCAUUCAUCUCACCAAGUAGACGACCUUCUGAUAUCCACUGUUCCUCCAUUCAUUUGCUCAAACUCACCAAAUAG